AAAAAUACAACUAACCAAGUUAAUCUAGCUACUUAAUUAACUACUCAAAGCUUAGGGACUAAUCCUGUAUUUACUUGAAAGUAUAAUAGAGUUACCAAAACCCUAACCUCCUCAUUUUUCACCAGCCGCUACCCAAUCUAUAUCCCCUCCCAAAUGCUCUCAACUUGCAGACAUUAUCAAAUAUACACACACAUACACAGAUAAAAGAAGCCCUCCUAAUCAUCUCCCUUCCCUCUCUCUCGAGCUCUACUGCCAACACACGCAAUCAACACAGCCCCCCCUGACCUCCUAUGAUGCUUCUGGUCGAUGAUGACCGGAGCCGGUUAACCGGUGCAGAGAUGAAGAGGCGAGGUGGGGUGGUGGCGACCACCUUUUUCAUCGACGGUCUGCCAUGGGCGGCGGAGCCACGGCGGAGGUGGCGGUGGCACUGCGUUCCUUCUACAAGUUUAAGCAUGGUUGAUGGUGUUCGGACGGUCACCAGUCAACAGCUUGGGUCAGUUUUGGGCGGCUCAGGAGCAUCGGUUCGCGUCAUUUCUUCCGUUCGGAUAAUCGCUUUGUUCGUUCCCUUGGAUUUUCUAAAUCUUUACUCAUGCGAUAUUUCAAGGAAAUUCUCACACGCAACCAAAGUUGAUUAUUGAAGUAUGGAUGAUUGAUGAAACAAGUUUAGGGUGGACUAGAUACACACCUUGAUUUAUCUAUCUUUUAUUUGUUAUGCUUGUUAUGAAACGAUGUUGCUAUUUCCUUU